AUGUUCGGCGACGACUUGAGCGACCUCGAGCCUCUCGAUGCCCUCUUCGGCAGCGAGGACGAGGCGAUCGGGUCCCCUGCAGAGAGCGGCGAUGAUGAGGAGGAGGAGCAGGAAGAGGAGGAGGAGGAUCCUGGCGACGCCUCAAGCUUGAACUGCGGAGCUCUGAAGGGCGUGACAAACCUCACGAUCAAGAGGGACAAAGCUGCCAGAGCCCUGCGCAAGCAUGAGCAGCAGAUGCACCAGGUACGGACGCAGCGCGACUCCGCCAACCAGAAGCUGCAGGAUGCAGCCCGGAGCCGCUAUGCUGCCGAGAUGUCCAUUGUCGAGGCGGAGAGGAGCGCCAGCGAGUCGACGCUGGCUCCCAGGGCCACAGCAGUGCCAGGGCAGGGCAAGUUUCAGAAGGGGAACCUGGUCCGGUACAAGCCCGAGCAGACGAGCAUGGGGUACAAGAACGGCAUUUGGACCGUCGAAGGUCUCAUCUACGGGUAUCCGCCCAGCUACCAGCUCUCCCAGAUGAACCGCCCAGCCCUUCGCCAUGCAGACAUGAUAAUUUGUCGUUUCGCCAUGCUGUCCGGGGUUACGUACUUGUCCACCGGCCCGGCUGCCGCAGCCUUGAGCAUAUCGAGCCACAAGUGCCUUGCCAAACUCAGUCUUUGCAGUCCCAACGUGUGCGAAGCCAUGGUGGCUCGUUGCAGCAUCUUCAUCGCCGUGGCGUUGCUUGCCACGGGUGUGGUGCCGCCGGUAGCCAGCACGCGCGUGGAGGAGAGCACCGAUGACAAUGACAAUGCCGCCGCCAUCGUCGCUGGCUCUCGCAUCAAGGAGACGGCCGAGCACGAGAUGGAGCAGGGCCACAGUCACAAGGAGGCAAUCAAGGAGCACGUGCAAGCGAAGUUGACGGGGAAGGCGCUCAAGCCCAACGGGGACGCAUGUUCGAACAAAGAUGAGUGCGACUCCCACUUUUGCUCAGACGGAAAGUGUUCAUGA